AUGGCCAUCGACGAGGUCCUUCCUCCUAUGCCCCAAUUUGCGAGCAGCAUUGCUGGCAAGCCUGAAAUUGCCCCUUGGGAUAAGCCUCACCCAACCAAAGAAGACUUGAAUUGGACAGAACUACGCACGCUUGACCUGUCUCUCCUCGACGGCACCCCUAACCAGCAGGCGGAGCUUGUUGAGACGACACGCCUCGCCAUCCAGAAAGACGGAUUCCUGUUCGUCAAAAACUUCGGAAUGACCGAAGAGCAGCUCGAUCGCCACUUCGCGCUCGCGCAGUACAUCUUCUUUCAUGGAGGUAUCAGCGAAGAAGAGAAGGAGAAAUUCAUGUGGGAUCUCUCCAAAGGCACAUUUAAGGGCUACAAGCCCAGAGUAGGAUGGGGCGAAAAGGAGGGCCAACGCGAUCAAAUCGAGCAUUUCAAUUGGUACCAGUCACACUUCGACGGGUUGCCCGAUUCCGUCCCCUCCAACAUGCUCCCUUUCAUGGACGAGAUCCAGGGUUUUGCCGACCAUAUGACCAACCAAGUUAAUCGCCGCUUGCUAGUGCUGUUGUCGCGUAUUCUCGGCAUGCCCGACAACUUUCUCUGGGAAAAGGUUUCGGCGCGGGGAUCAGCGGGCGAUAGUCUUCCAGGAACAUCGUAUCACCGCCACAUGGUGUACCAUAAGUGGGAUCCUGAGGAGUACGACAAGUCUUCCUUGAUCAUGCACGGGCACACCGACUUCGGUACCCUUACUCUGCUACCCAGUCAACCUGUCAGUUGCCUUCAGAUGUUGAACGCUGAAAAUGAGUGGCGCUGGGUAGGCUAUGAACCUGGUAGACUACUCGUGAAUCUGGGCGAUGCGCUAGAUGUCAUCUCGGGUGGCCAGUUCAAGGCCACCAGACAUAAGGUUACUAAACCUCCACGCGAUCAAAUGAACGCAAAUCGCAUUGGCCUCAUCAUGUUCAACCAUGCUUGGGCAGACAUGCGUAUGGAACCAAUGAUGGACACCCCGCUGCUCAGAGAAAGAGGUCUGAACAAGAACUCGGACGUUUUUGGUGCUUGUAGUCGGCGUCUCGACGAGGGUCUUGAAGUCCCAACGUAUCAAGAAUGGAAGACAGUCCGAUCACAGGGUGCACAGGCGAAACCGGAGAAGAUCGUUGACAUCGACGGCGUCAAGUAUAAGGAGCAGAUGUUCAACGGGACUAAGCUCCUCAUGGUCAUUUAG